AUGGCCCGUCCCAGCUCAUCUCUGCUCGGCUCGAUCCUCGCAGGUCCAGCUGGCCGCCUCGCCUCUGCACCUAGAGCCUACAUACCGCGCACCCCUCUCUUCCGCUCCUCCGGCUUCCACUCCACACCUCUGCGGCUAAGAGCGCCACCGGUCCCGUCCACACAUGCGGCUGUAUCGCCCGCCCGGCCGGUCUUGGGGACAGGCAUGAACGGAGCGGCAGGAUCAGCUGGGUCUGCAUCGGCAGCGGGGAAGAAGAAGAGCGCGCAUAUAGUCUGGUAUCGAGAAAUAGUACCUGCAAUGGUCCCCAUUCUCCUCCUCUCCACGACCCUGUUCCUCCUCCUCGCCCUCUCCCGCACCCACCUUUCCUCCGAGCGCACCCUCUCUGAUUCUCAAUCCCAAAUCGCCGCGCUCGAGCGACAACUACAUGAUCUUCGACAAGACGCCAAGCGGCGCCUGGAAAAGGAAAGGAAAGAGAGGGAGAGGAUGCUGCCGCUUGUGGUGGAGAGGGUGUUGACGAAGGUGGGGGCGAUGCGCGGGGGUGUGGAGGAGGAUGAGGAGAGGGAGAGGGAGGAAGGGAGGAGGAGGGAUGAGAGGGAGAGGGCGUUGUUGGCUUGA